AUGGGUAAACUGUAAACCGGUCCAACUUCAGAAAUACAUUUCUCACAGAAAAUCUGUGACACUGAUUUUUUACUUGCACAAAAAUGAAAAGCUUACUCUCAGCAUCAGUUCUCCUUUUCAAGUCAAAAAUUAUUUUUACUCCUCACACUCUGCCAUUGAAUUCUCUCAACGUUCCUCUCCAUUGCAAGUCCUCUCUGUCCUAUCGCAGCUUCGCGAUCAUGGCUUCUGCUUCUGAAGAUUUCGUUAAAGGAAAUGUUUAUCCAAACGGCGUUGCUGUCAUCACUCUCGAUCGCCCCAAAGCUCUCAAUGCCAUGAACUUAGAUAUGGACGUCAAAUACAAAAAUUUUCUCGACGAAUGGGAAUCCGAUCCAAAGGUUAAAUGUGUUCUGGUUGAAGGCAGCGCUCCUCGUGCAUUUUGCGCAGGAAUGGAUAUUAAAGGGGUUGUUGCUGAAAUUCAAAAGGACAAAAAUACACCUCUUGUGCAGAAGGUAUUUACUGCGGAAUAUUCUCUAAUAUGCAAAAUUUCUGAUUACAAGAAACCAUAUAUAUCCUUUAUGGAUGGCAUAACAAUGGGUUUUGGAAUUGGCCUUUCUGGUCAUGGUCGCUACCGGAUUGUAACAGAGAGAACUGUUCUCGCGAUGCCAGAAAAUGGAAUUGGCUUGUUCCCAGAUGUUGGGUUUUCCUAUAUAGCUGCACAUAGUCCAGGAGAAGGAUCAGUUGGUGCUUAUCUUGGAUUGACUGGCAAGAGGAUUUCUACACCCUCAGAUGCACUAUUUGUAGGUCUUGGAUCACAUUAUGUGCCUUCUGGGAAUUUAGCCUCGUUGAAGGAGGCCCUUUUGUCAACUACCUUUUCCCAGGAUCCGCAUGAUGAUAUCAAAGCACUUUUAGCAAAGUACAGUAGUGAACCAGAGUCAGAAGCUGAAUUGAAGUUGCUUUUGCCUCGAAUAAUCUCAACCUUUGGCGCAAAUAAGUCAGUGAGUGAGAUUAUUGAAGACCUGAAAAAACAUCAACAGAGUGGUGAUGCCAAAGUGGUGGAGUGGGCUAAUGAUGCACUUCAGGGAAUUGGAAAGGGCGCUCCUUUUUCUCUUUCCUUGACACAAAAUUAUUUCUCCAAAGUUGCAUCUGCCUAUGGAAAACCCGACAAUGAACUAUUCACUUUAAAUGGCGUGAUGAAAACAGAAUAUCGCAUUGCCCUAAGAUCUUCUCUGCGAAAUGAUUUUGCUGAAGGGGUCAGGGCAGUCUUGGUGGACAAGGAUCAGAAUCCAAGGUGGAAUCCCCCAAGUUUGGAAGAAGUUGAUCAAAAUGAAGUGGAUUCUCUCUUCAGACCACUUAGCCCAGAGGUUGAGGAGUUGACUGUGUGAGUGUUCCACGUGAAAUUAUAUCCUACUUCGCUUGGAUAACAGAAGCAUUGGAGAGACAUUAUGGAAUAGUAUCGCUGCUGCUGCUAUUGUAGACGAACCUUAAAAUAAUGUUGGUCGUUGUGGUUGCCACUCCACAAAAAUUCUAGUGAUUGCUGGAUUUGUGAGUGGACCCAAACUAGGUUUUUAUUUUCAUCUGUCCAAUUGUAAUCCGUACUGUUCAAGGAAGUGUCAUUAAAGCAGGAGAAUGUUCAAUGGACGUGUUUAUGUUUUAUCUUUUCUGUAGCUCAAGUCUGUGGAAGACGCCUGUUCUUGAAGCCCUACCGUUACUUUUUCCCAUUA